UCCAGGCUAACACCACAAACACACAGCCCCCCCACCUCUGGAAGCAGGAUUUCAAUUACAUGGCUGAGCGGUGCCUUUCUAACCCCAACAAAAGGCAGAUCCGGCUGGUUGGGAUGGAAACAGGAGUCAGGGGCUGAGACAGAGAUGGGGAAGCAGAUUUUACACCAUGUCGGCGGUCACCAGUCAGCCUCUUCCCUUUGAUCGUCUGGAGCGAGAAAAACACAUCCAGGUGAUCUUCAGCGCUUUCCAGAACCGCUGUGGGCCUUCGUGUCAGUGCCACCAGGAAUCAGAUGAGCAGCUGUCGGGCCUGACUCCUGGGAGGGAGACGGAGAACAUGCAUCCACCGGGGAAAGUGAAGAGGCCAGGGGUGGAGGAGCAGUGGCCUGGAGGUGCAGCGGGAUCACACUUUAUGUCUGUGCUGGAGACAGUCAGUCAGAUUCAUGUCACCGCCAGACCAGAGCUGCAGGGUCCACAGUGUGUUCCCAGGAGGAUCUACAGCAUCACCGCAGGAGGCAGCAGAUCACAGUUAAUUGUGGCCGUAGAAGAGAGUUCCUGCGUGUGUCUCCAGUGUUGUGGUCCGGCUCGGGCCUGUUCCCUGCAGGGCUUCGACUGUCAGGGCCGCCAGGUCUUUUAUUUUGAAAGGCCCCUCAGGGUGGACGCCUGCUGCCUCGGCUGCUGCCUGAUGGAGAUGAGGGCGUACACACCUCAGAAACAUCUUAUUGGCAGCGUCUGCCAGAGGUGGAGCAUGUUCACCCCGCUCCUGGAAGUGUGUGAUGCCGAGGGAGCGUCCGCCGCCAGGAUCCAGGGCUCCUGCUGCCCGUGUCGCUGCUUCUCCAACCAGCAGUUCCAGAUUGUCUCCAACAUUGGCGAGAACGUGGGCACGAUAUGGAAGAAAUGGCCUGGUUUCAAUGACGAACACAACAUGGACCAUGAGUAUUUUGGGUUGGAAGUGCCGCAGCGUAUGGAAGCACACACCAAACUGCUGAUGCUGGCAGCCACUUUCCUGUUGAAUCACAUGUUCUUUGAAAUGAGCUGAUCAAUAAAAAAGGACCCGUCAUAAGUAAAGUGACACCAGUGAAAGCGAAGGACACCAGCUAAAGUCACGUUAUGGUACCAGGAACUGCAACAUUUAAGUGUACAAGAUAAACAGUAAGACUGUUGUGGCAUUAAAACUGUUCCGUUUCAACACUUCUGAAAGAGAAGGACACCGAGGCAGCUUUAGCAGCAGAUGCAUAUUUGACAUUUAUUGCUUUAAUCCAUCAGGUGUACAUCCAACAGUGUUUUCUUCACCUGUGACACACACCUGCACUCAUCAUCACACCACCAAACUUGGGCAGCAUUACAGUUUUUCAACAAACUAUAGUUGCUUUCUUGACAUGGUUCCAAAAAAAAAAACAAAGAAAGAUGCUCCCGAGUUCUUGAUAAAAACUGUAACAGACCUUGACCCCAGUUUCAUUUCUUUUACUACAAAAUGGAAAAAGGAGGGUAAGGUCAGCAUUUCAGGAUUCCUGUACACCUUUGUUGAGGACAUUAAAGCAAAGCCCAUCCCUUGGAUUGUUUGAAGGCAGGGUAGAGACAAAAGAGACAGAAGGGGAAACUGGUUCAGGUAGGGCUCGAGGCCAGGCACAGUGAUUUAGGCAGCUUGGCAGUCCAUUCUUAAGAUGCCGGUUAUACAACCUUCUGCCCAGCACACGGAUGGUCCUCAUCCUUUGGGAUUCAACUUCCAGGUCAAAGAUGGAGAAUCAUCGCUGAUUCAGUUUAAGUGAUCUUUGAUGUGGACUGUAUUUACAAAUAUAUCGUACACAAUGAUAGUUAUCGAUCUAGCGUCGAAAUGUCCAGAGGAAUAGUAGUUAAAAUACAGCACUGUAAUAAAAUAACAUCUGCCUGCAACCCUGUUUGAGUCCCAAUAAAACAGAUUAACACAAUUUAUCUUUAACAGCAUGAAGUGUGAUGUUAUGUUAAGCGGUAAAAUCAGAUCUAGUAUUACAACAAAUUGGUUUUGUUGUAUUUUGUCAAGUACACUUUGUUAACAGCUAAUGACCAGAUCAGCAAACACCAGUCGUGUGGCCUCCCUCUGGUGGCAAGUUAACAGAAAAAUAUAUAUUAAAAAAAAA